AUGGGUUCAGGUAAAGCAAAGCCAAUCAAGUACAAAUAUGAGAAGAUUCCUUGUCUGAGUCCAUGCUUGCCUUCUCCUCCAUUCCACUGCUGUGGUGAAGCCAAGAUGAGAUUCACAAUUUUCUUUGCUGGACUUCUUGGUGUCCUCCUGACUCCUGCCUUUGCUGACUAUAAUAUCAACAUCAAUGAUAACAACAACAGCGGUGGAAGUGGGCAGCAGUCAGUGAGUGUCAACAAUGAACACAACGUGGCCAACGUUGACAAUAACAACGGGUGGGAAUCCUGGCACACGCUCUGGAAUUACAACACUGGCUUUGCUGCAACCAGACUCUUUCACAAGAAAGCAUGCAUUGUGCACAAAAUGAACAAGGAUGCUAUGCCAUCUCUUCAAGCCCUUGAUGCCCUGGUCAAGGAGAAGAAGCUUCAGGGUAAUGGACCAGGGGGACCACCUCCCAAAAGCCUGAUGUAUUCAAUCAACCCUGGCCAAGUCAAUGACCUGGAUAAGUUUGGAGAUUCCAUCGUUGGCAUGUGCAAGGGGAUUCCAACAUACAUGGCUGAAGAGAUUCAAGGGGCAAGCCUGAUUUUCUACUCAGAAAAGUGCUUUGAUGCUAAUAUACUCUGGAUUCUGAACAUUUCUUUCUGUGGAGAAACCGUGGAAGCCUGA